CAAGGAAAAGCAAAAAGGAAACUAGUGUGAUUUCCAGCGAUGGAUUAUCAUUCCACUAACUACUUUCCUUCCCUCAUUAUUGUACUGUACCUUGUUCUCUCCCUAACCGCCUUUUCAUUUUCCAUCUUCAUCUCGGUAGUUUUUCGUGAUAAUGGCGGUUGAAGUUUGACCUCCUCAUAACAUGCUCGCGACGAGUUCUUAGGAUGAUUUGUGAUUCUGCAGUGUGACCUCGUUGCAUCUUCAUAUUUUCUGUUGUUUAAUCAUUUUGGUGGGGUAAGUCUAGGGGAUUGAACUCAUCUGAUCAGGAUCAUCAGCAAUGAUUACUUUACAGUAAAUUGCGAUUGUUAACCAUUUGGAUUUGAGUGGCUUGCUAUUUGAUGCAGUGUACAGUUUCACGAAAUUAUAUUUCGAUAACUGUCUGCAUUGACUUGGGGAGGUUUUGUUCACAUCCUCGACAAUAACGAAGACAUCAUGGCCACGAAAGUUGCACAUAAAAGAUAUGUUGGAGGCCUCGAGGCUCCUAGAAACAGCUUGGAACUACAAAUGGAGACAUCAUAUGACUUGUACUCUGCGAGAGACAAUAUACUGUAUACUCCAUAUGACAUGGGAAAUGAGUCAUUUGGUACUGAUUACCAUUUGACUGAGGCUUCAAUCAAGAAGCUGAUCAGUAGAGAGAUUUCUGAAAAAGCCUACACCCGACAGAAUGUGCCAAGCAUAGUGGCUCGGCUUAUGGGGGUUGAUGUGUUGCCUUUUGAUUCAAAAUCAACAGCACGAGUAAUUGAUACAAAGAACGUGGAUCCUACAAGCAAGUCGAUGGACAAGAAGACAUCAAGAAAGAGUUUGUCAAAGUGCUCCCAGCAGACGGAGGUUAGUUCUUUUGGGCAUUACGGUGACACAAAUCAUGUCAAGUUAAGCAAGCCCAAACCUCGAGAACAUCCUCAAGAAGAGGAACUGCAGAAAUUUAAGAAAGAGUUUGAGGCAUGGCAAGCUGCACGUUUCAAAGAAUGCACUGAAUGUGUUGACGUUAGUUGCGAUCCAUCACAGUUAAUCGCACAAGAAGACCUCAACAGAGAAAAGAUGCUUAUUUAUAGUAAUUCCAAGAGAACCACAAAUGAACCUAACCAUACGAAUGUGAAAAUUGUAGAUCCUUAUUCGAAUAGAUUAUCAAGAGCAAACUGUAAGGAUUCUAAACUGAUUGACAUUGUUUCUGGACCCACUAAGAUUGUUAUCUUGAGGCCUGGCCCUCCUGAAAGGAUCGAUACCGUGAGUGACAAUUCGUGGAGCACCUCAGAAGAUGAGAGAAGUGGUUGUAUAGAAGAUUUUCUUGAAGAAGUGAAGGAAAGGCUCAAAUUAGAGCUGCAAGGUAGAUGUCCUAAGAAGAGCACGUCUAUAAGAGGUGGAGGAAUUGAGACCCCUUAUUGGGAAAGACCAUUAGAAGCACAACCAAUUAUAGCACGAAAUGCGAAGAAUUGUUUACUUCGAUCCGAGUCUACAAGAUCAUUUAUGAGUGAAAGGUUUCAGUUUGUGAACGGUACACCGGAAAAUGAUAUGAAAGCAGAAGCAAACCGUGGAGUUGCUUUCUGUGAUAAUCUUUCACGAUUUUCUAUAUCAAAUUAUGGUGGGAAAGCAGUGCAUGCUUCGAUUAAUGACAGAAAUGGCAGUUUUAUGAAUAAAUUCGAAAAAGAAAGUGGUAUGCACGAUAAUGAUCUGUCUCCUAGGAACCUCAUCAGAUCUUUGUCUGCUCCAGUGACGGGAACAUCAUUUGGGAAGCUUCUUUUAGAAGAUCGCCAUGUAUUUACUGGGGCCCAAAUUAGGAGGAAGCAAGAAGUGAUUGAGAAGGUCUCCUUGAAUAUUAAGAAACAGAAAAAGGACAAGUUCAACAUAAGAGAGAGGGUUUCGAGCUUUAGAUACAGCUUGACUCUCAGGCACAGGCUUCCAUUUCGAAGAAGAGUUAAGUCCGCGGCUGAUCAAAGUAGAAGCAACCUCUUGAAAGAAGAUAUCACAAGCGGGCCAAGAGUUGUGACGUGUUUUUGUGAAAGGGAAACACAUGAGAAUUCCACUGAAGUGCCUCCAAGCCCUGCAUCUGUGUGCAGUAGUGUUCAGGAAGAAUUCUGGAGGCAAGCUGAUUAUCCAAGUCCAAUAUCAUCAUCAGCAGCUGGGCAUCAUCAACUGGAGGAUAGCGAGAUGUCCAAUGUUUUUAGUGAAAUAAACUCAAAUUUGAAUGAGCUGCGAAGGAAAUUAGAUCAAUUCAAGGGAUCCUUUUCGGAGGAAACUAUGAAAGAAGAGCAGGUUAGUGAAGGGGAAGCAGACAUAGAGGACCAAACCGAAGCUUACAUUAGAGAUUUGCUUAUUGCAGCCGGCUUAUAUGGUGGUGUCACAUUCAGUAAAAAAUCCUUGUCAAAGUGGGACCCACUCGGUAAGCUGAUUAGCAGUAGGGUCUUUGAAGAAGUGGAAGAGGCUUAUGUGGAAAGAUACAGGUGUCGAGAAAACCACAAGCUCAUACUUGAUCUGUUGAAUGAAAUACUUCCGACUUUGCUUCGAGAACCCGUGUGCAUGCCACGUGUUAGCUUGGGAAAAAUACCAAUUAACUGGCCUGUGCAGAAAAAGCUGCCUCCAUCUGGAAGGGAGUUACUUUCACAUGUAUGGAGUAUUAUUCGGGAUCACAUAUACCCUCCAGCUGAUAGAUCCUUUUACGCUCUUGAUAAUGUGUUGGCCCGCGAUUUUAGGUCAACCUUGUGGUCCAAUUUGAUGGAUGAUGAUGUGAAUGCUCUCGGAAGAGAUUUGGAAAGCCAGAUCAUUGGAGAUAUGAUUUAUGAAAUGGUCGAGGAUAUUGUGACAACCUCAAGUUGAUAAAAGUCUGCUCCUUACCGCCGAAAAAAAAAAAAAAAACGAUUAUUCCGUGCCCUCUGAAUAAUCGGAAAUGAGCAUUAUCGGCAUGAGAAGCAAAGGUUGUCUUAAAAGGAUGUGUUUUGAGUGGGAGGUGUGUAGGGAGUUUGUGUUAUAAGAUGAUUGUGAGUGCGUGAUGCAGUUUGCUUGUUAGUUGUAACUUUAUAAUUCGUUAUAUUCAUUAUUAUAUUCUUAUUGUAUUCUUAUUGUGAUUGAGUUGAGUUGAUGCAGGAGGCUUAGUGAGAGACCACAAGGAUUGUUUGGUUCUUGUUUCACUGUAAUUAUUGUUGUAGAGAAUGAAUGGAAUUUUGUAGAGCAUAUGUUGGGAUUGCCCAUUUUGGUUUUCAUGUUUUAUUAGACUAGUAAAGUGCACGUGUUGUGUACGUCGUGAUGAAUGUUUUUUGUCACUUAAGUUUAAUAAAAUAAAUAAUUU